AUUUUGAAACACCUUUUGAUGACUUUGGUAGUUAGAUACAUACAUAUCUUGAUCAGGAAGAUUGAGAAGUGUAUGCCACGAGAUGUAGUCCUGAUUACCUCAAUCAAAUGGACAUGACGAAGCGCAGCAUCGCGCAGGCAGCGGAUGAUGCGGCCGCUUUAAUGAUGAUCUGAAGACCAAGGCGGACGUAAGGGUUCCUUCAUUGCGAGUAGGAGUUCCUGGUUGGGUGUUGCAGCUUCGUGGUGGUCGAGGUUGAGGUCCGCUUGCUUUUAGUAAACAGAACCCUAGAUUGCAUUGUGCUGUGUGCGUAGGCAUUUGGUUUCGUCCACACUUUGGUUCUGGAGGCCGGACAAGUUGUAUCUGUAGAAUGAUGUUACAACUGAACGACACAGUCGAGCCCGAGAGCCCCGGAGCGGCUGUGCUGCACACGGCGGAGAGUGAGGACGGGGUGGAGGUGGCCUUCACGCCGCCGGGGGCCGGAGGAAGACAGGGGUACAGUGCAUCUGUGGCAUGCUGUUCCCCGCUGCAAACGCUGACGCCUUUUCAUGUUCAUAAUCCAACAAUGCAGGCGAAAGUGAAAGAUUAUUUCGUCUUUAGACCAGGAACGAUCGAACAGGCCGUGAAUGACAUCAGAACAGUGGCCCUGCCGUCGGAGGAUGGAGAGGUGCUCAGCGUGUGGCUUUUGGCCGAAAUUGAUCACUGGAACAAUGAGAAAGAGCGGCUGGUGCUCAUCACUGACAGGUCCCUGCUGGUGUGCAAGUAUGACUUCAUCAAUCUGCAGUGCCAGCAGGUUAUUCGAAUCUCCCUCAACGCAGUGGACACCAUCUCCAUCGGAGAGUUUGAGUUCCCUCCCAAAUCUCUCAACAAAAGGGAGGGUUACGGGAUCCGGGUGCAGUGGGACAAAUGCCCCCGCGCCUCCUUCAUAAACCGCUGGAACCCCUGGAGCACGGACAUGCCCUACGCCACCUUCACGGAACAUCCAAUGGCUCACGCUGAUGAGAAGGUGGCCUCCCUCUGCCAGCUGGAGAAUUUCAAGACGCAGCUGAUCCAGGCGGUGAAGAAGGCACACAAGGAGUCCCCGCUGCCCGGGCGGGCCAACGGCGUGCUGCUGCUCGAGCGGCCUCUCCUGAUCGAGACCUACCUGGGCAUCAUGUCCUUCAUCAACAACGAGGCCAAGCUUGGCUACUCCAUGACCAGAGGCAGAAUCGGCUUCUAACGCACACGCCUUGCAUCUCGCUUGGCCCCGCACACCCCAGCCACCCCCCACCCUCCCCACGCUGCGUCCGUCGACUGACUUUAUUACUCGACAAUGUGAGCUAACGCGUCCAUGUGUUGUAUCGUUGGUGGGGUGUCGCUUCCCCCUCCUCUCCACCCCCCUCUCCCCCCCACACCCCAUGCAGCCAGUGCUAGGGAGUGCCCCCCCCGCCCCGUGGCUUUGUGAUACUCCACAGCAUGAGCCGGAAGUCCACAAGCAACAUUGCAACCCCCCCCUCCCCCCCCCCGUCACCAUGCAAGUGCCACACAGCUUGUUCAGUCAGUUACACCCACUGUACAAAAUGCUUUAUUCUAGAGCUCCUUUUAUUUCUGUGGGCAGGUUCUUUUUGCUUUGGGGAAAUGUUUGUAGUGUUGUGGGCGGACAUGUGCGAACGUGUGUGCGUGUGUGUGUGAGCGUCAUUUCUCGCCAUUGCCUCCACACCUGUCGGGAAUGAUUGGAGCCGUUGUUUAUCGCGGACAGAUUGCUCUGUGUGGCGGUCCGAUUGGCUCGGCUCACCGGUCCCUGUUUAGAAGCUGAAGUACAGACUGGUGAAUGGCUCCGAAGUAGAGCUCCGCACUUCCCAUGUGCUCAGCUAUGAAAGAGAAUCAGAAAUUGAUCCGUGUGGCUUGAAUGGUCGGAGCAUCCACUGAUGCUGCAAUCCGCAGUGCUGUAAACUCCCAAGUGAGGAGAUAUGAGGGCGUCACGAUUUCCUUCAAAUCAUGUGCUGAUCUCCUGGGCCCUGUCCCCGUGACUGUAGCUGACUGAGAUUAGCAGGCUAGUGUUACACUAGUUAGAAAAGUUCUAAAACACACUGCAGUGUACGUAAUAUAUUCAAAUUGCAAUGCCUUGUGGGGAGUGGAGCUGGAGACCAUCUAAUUUCCAGAUUUUUACAAAGGAGGACAAUAAGUAAAAACAUUUUGCCGAUGUUCAGUCAUUUUACGCACAGCCUGGCAUAGAGGCUGCCGAUAUUCAGAUGUAUUCAUAAAAGGUUGCAGUCCUCUUCAGCAUAGUUAAGCGCCAACGGUUUUGUUGUUCUUGAUUGUCACCAGUUUUUAAGCACUUAAGAUGCAUUUGCUUUCUAGUCACGAUAUUGUCUCCUGCUACUGCCAGAAGUACACACACCUGCUUGCAAGCCUGCAGCUCUUUUCUGAAAUUUUCUGUGUUGUGGGACCCCAUAAUUGUUCUGGAUGAGACUUCGUUAGCAGUGCAUUGAAGAGAUGAGCAGGGGCCUGUAGCUGAUCUUAAAUUGGGCUCACAGAGGGAGAUGAUUCGGUGUCAGAGUGUUUUGCACUUAAAUACACAGGAGUAUUGUGGACAGCUUACAAGAACCAACGUCCCGAUUAUGUCCAUUUUUAAAACUCGGAUCAACACUGGCAGGCCAAACUGAACUCUGCAAGGUGAAGUGCUCGGUUUAAAGUAGUUUAGAACUUUUCUGAUGCAUUACAUUGUGCUAAGAGUCAGCGAUUGAAUAAUUUCUUUGAAGGAUUCAUUUGGCUCAACUUGCCUUGAAGGGGACAGCAUGUCAUUGGUAAAGAAAGAUUGAUUAUGAUGCGACAUAAGCAAAGUUUCAUCUAGUUAAUGUUUGGACAGGUACAAAAACCGAGUUGUGUGUCAUAUGCAGAAUUGGCUAAACUUUAAACUGCAUGGAUAGUGUGGUGUGACAUCAGGGAAACAGUGAUAUGUGCAGUGUGUCUUUUUCUGUGCUGCCUGCUUCGAUCCCCUAUACUCUUGUUAUCUUCCUGUAAUGAUCAGCAAGGAGGGGUCUAAGUUUGUCACUCAAGUUUUCCCCUGAGGGCACAGACCAGUGGCCAGUUCAUGACUAAGGCCACAGCCAUGGUCCAUUAGUACAUUUCCUGCGAUUUGUAUUUGAGGCAGUUUAGUUCGGAUCUCAGCAUCAUGCUAACCACGGGGUCAUUCCAUGUUGUGCAACUUUCGGUACAUUGCAGUAGGAUACUCGCGUACAAAGCACAAGGUUUUAGGGUUGGCUGUUUUUUGUUUUUUUGUUUUUUCCUGCUGCCGCUUUUCAGAUUGGCUCUGCAGAUCUGAGGGCCACCCAUCAUCCUGGUUGACGUGGAGCUAAGUGUGGUCCUCUCCACUGUGAGUGCUCUGAGAGAGAGUCUAUUUGAAGAGAGAUAUAGUUGCUGUGGCUGUGGUUUGAGUGGAAAGAGACACAAUGGUGACAACAGUCACUGGCCAAUAGCUGUGCAGUAAGACCAUACUGACACCAGCUACAGAAAGACUUCCAUUUUGUGCAGCCCAGUGGAAACACUUGUUUUGCUCUCUAUUUCUGGUUAGGUUCUGAGCUCAGAUUGUGAACAGAAUGUAAAACAAAGCAUUGUGCAAUCUGUUAUUGGACAACUGAGCGUUUAUUACAAAACACAGAACAAGCCAGCACUGGAAAAGGUCAGUGUUGAGGAAGUGCUUGUUUUGAUGUGAAAUCACAUAGUCAUCUAAACCACAUUUAUUCAACUCGGCAAAUCAUUCCACUCAAACGUAAUUCAUGGUUCAUGCUCAAAUUCAAUUUAAAACACUGCGGCUGCCAUUAACUUGAGCCAGGGUAACUGGAGGGAUGGACAGAGAUUGAGAACCAACUACUGCUUAAAAAAUUUAGCUUUUUUGUGCAAUUCCCACGCUUUUAAGAAGAACUAUGCACUGUGAUGGUGUGCUACCAAAGUCUAGAUGAUAGCGAUGUCACGAUUAUGAAGUGCCCCUUUGAUUUUUUUCAGAUAUUUUGUUUCACUUCCUUUGAAGGUUAUUUUUCCCAUGCAGAGACUUUCUGGAUGUUAAUGUGCAUGGUUGUUGCAUGAGAAGUCUGCAUGCUGUCUCCGGGUUUUUUUUUUUUUUGCCUGUCCUGAAAAUAGCAAUCUUUGUAUGUAAUUUCAAAAGGUAAUUACAGAAUUAUUUAAUAUAUUGCCAGUUGCUAGCUCAUUUAAGUACAGCACUGCUGUUGUGGAGGUUUUUUUUUCCUGUGGAUUUUAAAAGAAGUAAACUAUAAAUGAUUUGUGCAGAGGUGCAGAUAUUCUAUCCUGAAUCUGAUAUAGGUUAUGUAGGGUGGAAGAGGAUUUUGUGCAGAACUGAAAUGGUGGCAAGCUCCAGUUCUAGUUUGGUCAAGUAUAUCACUAGGAACUCAAGUAUAAAAUCAAGUUUGAAUUAUAUAUAAUUGCAUAUUUAUAAUUAUGGUGUUCCAGGGGUUGGAUUUUUUGCUUCAUUGCGCUGAAUUGCUUGAAAUGUUUUUUCCAUCAUUACUAGAUACACAUGCCAACUGUUGUUUUUGUAUAUGUAAAAGGUUUGCAAUUUUAAAAAAAAAAAAAAAAGG